UAUAUGAACAUUAUUUUUCUCAAGUUUUAUUAGUUUCUCAUAUAUUAACAAAUAACAAUUAUUGGGUAAAUAACAAUUAACCCCCUAUUGAAUAAACACGCAAGUCUGGAAUAAAUUGCUGAAUUUAUUAACAAAUAUUGCGAUCAAACGCACUUAAUUAACGACCAAUAUAUUUAAUGAAUGAGCAAAAUAAUCAGUAAGAGAUUAUGAAAUUGUAUCAAACACAGCCUAACUCAUACUCAUUUGGAUUGAUGCCAUGGUCCUAACUUUUUCCUCUAUUUUCAAGAUAAUAAUUGAAGAUUUUGUACCAAAGAUAUCAAGGAAAAAAAAAAGAAAACAAAUACUAUUUACUUACAUAGGGUAUUCAUUCUCUAUAAAAUACCAUCAUUAAGAUAAGCAAUUGCAUAUUCGUUUUAGAUAUUAUACCAAAAAUAAAAUAAAAAUAAAUAUCGAACUUAUCUUAUUUCUUGAUAUAUAUUUUGUGCUUGUAUUAUGGGGAUUGCUUAUUUGCUCGCGUGCAAAAAUGAUGUUAUUGCUGGGAAUGGUGAUAGGAUGGUUUUGUACUAAGAUACUCAACUGUCAUUCACAAAACUCCGUUACAGGAACAACGCCGGUGCUUGCCGCGGGCGAAGAGGGUUUGUGACCAUUAUUUCUGCAUUUUUUUGUUCUUCUUUAUUUAGUUUGCAAGAAUCGUUUAAGCAAAUAAUUCUUGUGUGUUUGACUUGUUUUUUAGAAUCGAUUGUGGAAAUAAGAGACGUUUCACCUGCACACUUUUUUACCAAGAUCGAAUCUUUCUCCUUAUUUUCCAACAGUGGGAUUGAAAGUUAUGAAUGCAGGGACUUUGAAGCCGGAGGUUACAAUUGGAGACUUGUUAUCUAUCCCAAUGGACACCCAAGUAAAGAAAAAAAAGGCAAUCAUGUUUCGGUAUACCUGGCGAUGUCUGAAACUAAUUAUUUGCCCGAGGACUGGGAGUUAAAUGUCAUUUUUACCAUCUUUUUGUAUAAUCAGAUUUUAGACAAUUAUCUAUGCUUUCGAGUAGAUGGGGUGCGACGGUUUAGUGAAGCAAAGUCAAUGUGGGGAUUCCCCAAAUUUAUAUCCAAGAAAAGUUUGAGAGAUGAAUCAAGUAGCUACCUUGUUGAAGAUAAUUUUGUGGUUGGAGCUGAAGUUUUUGUACUACAAAGACAAAGGGUCUCCGAGCGGUUGACUCUGUUCAAACCAACGACACAAAAACGUGUUUGGAAGAUUCGAGGAUUCUCUAAGUUGGAUGACGAUGUUUGGUUUUCAGAAGAAUUCACUGUUAGUGACGUCAAUUGGAAAGUGCAGGUAUAUCCAAAUGGACACCCCAGUGUAAACGGGCGUUAUGUGUCGAUAUUUUUGAUAUGUGUUAGUGCCGAUAGCUUUGCUCCUCAUCAGAAAGUAAAGGCUGACUUUAAUAUUCGCCUAAAAGGUUGGCCGUCAGCCAUCCUCGACUCUGGAAAAAGUGAGUUAGUAUGCUUCAAAUGAUAUUUUAUGUUCUAAAAUAAAGUUUUUGCACUGAUAAAAGUUUUCUCAUAUUGCAGUUUCUCAUUGGUUUACAUCUUCGACUAGAUCUCGACCACUGUAUGAAUUCGUUAGUCUCGAUUGGCUACGUGAUCCAAAAAGUUGUAUCCUCGUUAAAGAUUGUUGCACUGUAGAAGUUGAGAUUUAUGUGCAACUUGUUGCCAAGUGAAUAUGAUACAACAUCUCUUAACAGAGUUACUUUGCAACUCUAUUUUACAUUUUAAUAAAUAACAAUAUUUAGAUUCA